CGCAAAGUUCUACUAUCUUGGAACCGAGUCCGACGCCGACGCGUGUGAAUUACCGAAAACAAAAAUUGUUUCGUUGAUGAUUGGGCUCAGUCACUGUUUGAACCAAUAAGGGAGAAAUUUCUGAAGUUUUAGUGGUGAAAAAAGAAGAUCGGCUAAACGAUGGGAUCCGUAUCUCAUCAUAAGAUAUCAACCCGGUUGAUCAUCUUCCUGAUGCUAGCGGCAGGAACCGGACUCGAACCAGGCGCAGUGACAGCCAUUACCAUCACAACGACGGACGCCAUGCUGGAAUCUACACAGACUACUAUCACGGCAGACAUGAUGCCCAGCCUGGGCGAGGAAUCUCCAGUCAGUGAAAAAUCCGAUCUCACCGAAGCGGAAACCAAAGAUCCCAAGAAGCUGGAAAUCAUCAAGCAGAUUCGGAAGAUCAAUACCGAUGGUUCGUACACGGUCGGGUACGAGGCGGAAGAUGGAACGUUCAAGAUUGAGAGUAGGGAUGUCCUGGGCAACGUCAAGGGAACUUACGGGUACAUUGAUGAAAAUGGAGAAAUUCAAAGGGUUUCGUAUAAUGCUCACAACAAUACUGGGAUCAAACCAGCACCACCUCCACAGGUAACGGAGGAUAUCGUUCACAUACCACCGAGAUUCAAUCGAAGUCAUAUUGGAGCACCAACGACGAGGAGGCCUCCGUCGUAUCAUUCGAGUACUUCUGCUCCACAGCGAACCAGUGUGAUCCAAACGAUUCCACGGAAGCGACCACACAUGACUUCAACGACAGAAAGACCUUCAUCACGUAUGGCAGAUACCACCACUUCAUAUGAACCAACAACUGCAUCUAGUCAUAGCACUUCAGUUCAUACUGCCAAACCGUUGCUGAUAAUACGACCCACCCCAUUGCCACUUAGUGCAAAAACCAUUGAACAAUUAGCUAGACCUGAUAAGCUGGAAAGUGAACACAUUUCUAAGAUUUACCCAAAGGCUUCACCGUUGAGGCAGAAGGAACCGGAAAAGAAGCCUGUGAGAGGUAACUUCCUCAGACGACAGCUGCCGCAGGAGUCUGAAGAACAGUUUGAAGCUCAGCAGCAAGUCGUUUAUGGACAAUCAGCGGGUGAAGAGAUUGCCAAUCUAUUCUCGGCUACGCCUCCAGGAUUGCGUCCAAUUUAUACGACCACACCAAAUCCCAGAAUUCCAGCAGCAGUGUUGGCAGCUCGUCAAAGGGCAGCUCAAAUUCAGAAUUUGAUCACAAGUGAAAGACCGUCUACCACGACAGAACGAGUGUACGCCAAGCCUCCUCGUAAACAGGAGCCAGCUCCCGUUAUGUAUGAACCGGCUACAGAGCCUUCGUCAGAAACCAGCUAUGUUACGGACAUGCCAGUCUCGGUAGUUCAAAUCCCAGCAAAUUCAAACCGUGAAGUUGCGGAAGCUGCAGAAGACGAGCGAAGAAUCUACCGACAAAGGCCAAUAGAAUUCCGACCACGAGAAGGGUACCGAUUCGUCCCGGCUCAAGAUCGACCGGAGCGGUUCCGCGUGCCUCUUGGUAUACCACCACAAUCACGGGCUUUUCCAAUCCCUGAGCAACAACAAGAGUACUUGAGACAACCCACGCAAAUCCCUGGUCGAGGAGCUCCAAUCGCUCCAGAGAACUACCCAGUAGAAGAUGAGAUCAACAACGUUGCAUAUCGUCAGCAACGGCGACCUCAAGGUGCGCCUCCUGCACCGUACCCUCAAACUCAGCAGGAAGCACCCGUCAGCAGUGUACCCAACGGCCAUAGUUAUCCCCAACAAUCCUACCCAGUUCCGUAUUCUUAUAACCCCUAUCGGAACCCGUACCAGUCUCCCGUCAGUCCGUACUACGACUUCCCCGACCGACCACUAACGACCCGUGACUUUGAACGAAUUCUUCAAAUCCUCAUCUUCAGACACCAACAAGUUCAACACCAGCAAGCUCUUCGAUUCGGAGGUUAUUCUAAUCCUUACUUCGGAGGCCCAUCCUACGCACCACCGUUCAUCCCAGGGCAGUACUCAGGCGCAGGUGGUUUUCCUGCUCAGAUCCCUCGACCGCCAUUCUACAAUGCUCCCCCGACUGGUGCCGGAUACUUCGACCCUCGCUAUCAGAACCCUCUCUACAGCCCAUCAAACAGCAACCGACAGUACUCCGGUGCUCGCGAUCAACCUUCCAACGAGUACCAACAACAACCCCACCAGGAACCACAAUCAGCCUACGGUCAACGGAGGCGACAAUACGCCCCACGACUCCCUGAGCCCGACUACCAGGGAUCGUCCGGAGCGGCCGAUGCCUUCCAACCGGAGCUUCUCCCUCCAAACGUCCGAGAAGAGCUGCUCUACCGAAUGUUGAUGCUGGCAAUCCAGCCGGAUUCCGGAGCGCCCGGUGCAGUGCCUGGCGGAGGUGCUGGUCUACUGCCUGCCAACUUGAUCCCAUCCGGAUCGGUGCCACGACCGCAGACCACUUCGGCCACACCGAGCUACAGCAAGAAACCGGUGCGCAGCGUUCAGAUUCUGGGCGAGGAGUAGAAGGAGAAGAAGGUAGGAGGCAAAGUCGACUGCACAGUGUAUGUAUAUUUGAAAGUAUUUCGAAUUAUGUUUUUUGUAAUAAUUCUUGUCGAAAGUGUAGGUAAGAAAAAGGGAUGGAUGAUCCCUUUAGCUUUUCGAUUAGAGUAGUGAGAUUCAUAGGUAUUAGACAAAUGAAAACCCAAAGAUUUUGUUAUGAGUUUGACAAGUUAGUGCUACGUAGGAGAUGAUGUUAGCUUUGCUGCAACCUGCAAUGUCGGAUAAUGGAACGAUAAUGGAUGAUGAAUUGAUUGUUUGACUUAGUUUAGAUAGGGAAAGUGUACCAGUUAUGGUUAUAGUGGUCCCUAUUUGGCCAUAUGUGUUUUCUCGAAAACAUUCACAUUUUGAUUAUGCCAUUAUGUCCAUAACUGGUACACCUACCCUAGGUAGAUUGAUGUAGAAUAUAGAAACUUUCGUUAUUGUGCAAAAUAUGCAAUGAUUACACUUCUGGCUGUUAUCACCAUACAGCUCGUAGUAGUUUAUGGGACCAUAAACUCUAAACAGCUAUUCUAAUCCGGAAGUUUAGGAGAUUUGAGUUCCACGAGGUGAUCCUCUAGAUUUCAUUUCCAAAAGAAGAAAAAAAAAGUGUUUUCGUAACUUUCUUUGACAAUUUAGUUGAAAAUAAUCAGUCCUACUUUUGUUAUUUCGUUGUUUCAUAUUUAACAUUGUUCAUAUUUAAUAUUCGUUCAAUUCAUGUUCAUUGGAACCUUAAAACAUCCUCGGCUGUUGAAUCCACGUUUUUGCAACCAUACUCUAGUGCAGUAUUGAA